AGAGAGAGAGAUGUGUGUGGAGGUGUAACUGCUGGCAACCAGGCAGGGACAGACUGCGUCUCAUGGGGAUGUGGGGAAGAGACAUUAUCAGCAAUGGCUGCAGCUCACAAAGAAAACAAACCGAUAUAAAUACUCGUUCUCACUCUGCACCGAUUCGAGCUGUAACAGCACAGCCACUAAAACGGUCAAAUCCAGCUGCUGCUGCUACGGCUGCUCAUGGCACCAAUGGGAAUGAAUCAUGUUCUUCAUCUGCCUCCGGAUGGAUUGGUUUAUGCGCUCGCAGAAGCAGUUCACGUGAUAAUCAGCAGAACAGACGCUGAUGUCUAAUGUCCAACUUAUUUCAUCUCAAAGACGACCAGCACAAAUGCUUCUGAAGAAUUUUAUCCGUGGUGGUGCUGUUGCAAUACAGAGAAGCAAGGCUAUUAUGAUCCAGCUUGAAAGGACAAAAUUCAGCUUCCUGUUGUGCCUUGGGAUGAGUAUCAUGGCCUGCUCAGUUAUUUACUUGAAGACCAGGAUACUAACAGAGCCCAAACCUAAUGAAGUGUCUCCCAGCUGCAGGCCUUUUUCCAACACAUGUAAACCUUUUCUGCUGGGCACUAAGAAAGGAAAAGAAUGGCACCGCCGUGACUGCCAGGUACAGAAGUAUAUUCUGAACAGUCAUCUUAAAUGUUCCAGUCUGACCAAAGACCUUCACUUCAUCACAAGACCUCUUAGUCAAGAGGAGGAGAAAUACCCUUUAGCUUUCAUUAUUACUAUUCACAAGGAGCUGGAGAUUUUUGUUCGACUGCUGCGAGCAAUUUACAUGCCGCAAAAUGUCUACUGCGUUCAUGUAGAUGCCAAGGCACCGUGGGAGUACCAGGAAGCUGUACGCAAGUUGGUCAGCUGCUUCCAAAAUACCUUUGUCUCCAGCUGGAGUGAGACGGUAACUUAUGCCGGGUUCUCCCGCUUGCAGGCAGAUUUGAACUGCAUGAAGGAUUUGGCAAAGUCAAAGAUCGGCUGGAAGAAGGUGGUGAAUCUGUGCGGACAAGAUUUCCCUGUCAAGAGCAACCUGGAGCUGGUGCGUUACAUGAAAAGCAAAGAGUGGAGAGACAGAAACAUGACCCCAGGGGUUAAGCAACCUGUGUCCAUGAGGUACAGGACAGAGUUUCAGUUCUUGGAGAUUGUGGGGUCUCAUGUAGCUCAAAAAGACAAGAGCCUGAAAAAACAACGUCCUCCACACAAUCUGCAACUGUAUUUUGGAACAGCGUACUAUGCACUGACAAGGGCCUUUGUAAACUUUGUACUGAAAAGCCAGAUAGCUCAAGACUUGCUGGAGUGGUCCAGAGACACGUUCAGUCCAGAUGAGCACUACUGGGUAACACUCAACCACAUCAAAGGAGCUCCUGGCAGCCACAUAGAUGGAGGCUGGGCUGGAGACAUCCGGGCAAUCAAGUGGAGGGAUCAAGAGGGAACUGUACACAAUGGAUGUAAAGGCCAUUACACAAGAGGCAUCUGCAUUUAUGGGAUGGAAGACAUACCAUGGAUCAUCAACAGGAACAGCAUGUUUGCCAAUAAGUUUGAGAGUAAUACCUUUCCUGAGGCGCUGGACUGUCUGGAGCAGUGGCACAGGAACAAGGUACUGAAUCAAACAAUUGUGCCUCUAGAGCCGUCAUGGCUGCUGGCCACACAGAGCAACUCCAGCAGCAGCUAUUUCAACAGCAAGGCUGGAGCAUAAACUUUCACUCAAGUUCCGAAAUACAAGAUGAAACAUAGGCCAUGUGACCUUAACUGGUUUG